UUAACAGUGCGGUUGACCGUAUCUAAACUAAUUUCCUGUUUUGAGUUGAGAUAUAAGCUCAACAUCAAGGCUGGCAUUCGAUACAUUUGAGCAAAGUUAUAAUUUAGCGAGAUGUUUUCAUUCAAAGGACGUCAUUUGUAUGCGUUAGGAUUGAUACUGUGCACAUUGGAGCUGCAGUACAUCACAGCAAUUACACCACAAUCGCUGCACCAACUAUCACCAAUCAUCGAACAGAAGCAACCACCACCACCAGCACCAUCAUCUGUAAUUCGGCAAUCCAUCGACACCAAAGCGAAACUGGUAGGCAUUAAUCGUGCCCUGCACGAACGGCUACAGCAGACCCGCGCCAAUCUGCGCCCCUUACAAGCACGAGCCGCACAGUUACAGCACCGCUUCGACGAGUACCAGCGUACCGCCGGCGCACGGCGACCGCCGUCAUCCGGGCUUGCUGCCAGGGGGGCUCGCACCGAGCGCAAUCAACUGCUCCAGGAAGCCCAUCGACUUCGGGCCGCUGUCGAACGAAAGUUACAGGGCUUCGGUACGCUGGACCAGCGCUACCGAAGCAUGCGAACGUUACUCGAGCCGAAAACGAAGAGCGCUGGACUGCCCCGGGCAUGGCUCGAUCGGGAUACCGAGCGGCAGAUGGAGUUGAACGAGCGCAUCUACAAGAACAUCAUCGACCUGCUAGUGCACCUGAUCGAGUGUCCGGUUAACAUCAUACACGACGUAAUGGGGCACGACGUGCCAGCAGAUGGCCCAACAACCACCACCGCCGGACCACCGCUCCCGUCUGAUAGUGCGCAAGAGGUUGAGGAGGGAACCGAUACGGACGGCAACACGCUUUACGACGAGCCCGUCGAGCUGAACGCGGAUAUCGAUGAUACCGUGCCGUGGUUGGAGGAGUUUCAUUACUAACCCCUCGACGGCACACGAACACGGCGCUGGUUCCGGGAACGCCAACGGUGCUGUGACUGGAAUCAAACCACCCGUCGAAACGGUGGUUGUUGGAGGUGGUUCAUCUUGGUUCCAACAGCAGCAGACCACCAUCAAUACGGCGUUCGGAGCGUUCAUUGAUUAUGUUUUUCCACGCAAGGCAAAAUAAUGAUGCAAGAAGUAUCGGGCGACUGUCAGAACAUGCCUCAAUGGAGCAGUGGAUCGUGCAAAUGUGUUUCAAACUGCAAAGGGGUCUUACGUAAAAGGUUAUAAAAUUUGCAAAGAAGAAAAUUGUAUUUGUUACCAUUUCCGAACAUGUGUGCAAGGGUGCUGAAAUAGCUGACACUCAGAUUUAUGGUUGUCGUGCUGCUGCUUACAAUUCCUUUCAAAAGUUUAAAUUUUAACCAGAUUUUUGAGAAUCAGUCCUCCUACAGUAUGCUUUUCAAUAAACUUGUAUCUAAGCGUUCCAUCAUAA